GGGCAAACAACAAAAACAAAAUACUAUACCGCGAUGAUAGCAAUCAAYAAUCUCAUGCUAACCAAACAAACUGUUUUGAAGAACAAGGGGAUAAUGAUGAAUGUGAAUUCAUGCAAGAAGUCUCGAAAUGAGAUAAAUCCCAAUGAUGUAUUAUGCGGUCGCGGAGGACUGACGAAUUCGAACAUCGGUAACAAACGAUUUCGAUCUGUGGUCGCCAAGUACCAGCAAGAGUACCUUCAUGCACGGAAGAAUGACAAAAAGCUAAUUGCUCGAAGAAUCAUUACUGAAAUAAAAGAGAAUGAUGGACGUUUUCUACAGCGAAGUUCUGAUCCGAGUAUCUGGUCUGAAAUAUCAAUGAAGAAGGCAUUAGAGAAGACAUCUCAAGCUUUAAGAGAGGGGCUGGAUGUACGGCACAAAACGGUUCGUCCGGAAAAAUUAGUCCACAAAAUAGAUAUAGAUUCUAACAGGUGGAGAACACCGAAGAAGACGGAAGCUAGAGUAGUUGAAGGAGUUGUUAUCGAAUCGCCAAGCAAAAACGAAAUUGUAAGUGGAGAGGACGUUCCUAAUUUUGUACAAGAGUCUGAAACACACGAAUUCGAUCCUAUAUUCACGUUCUCCCAUGCAAUGAUAUCAGAGCAGAAAGAACAUAUUCAAGAAUCAGAAAGCACGAACAUUGAGGCAAUCUGACGUCAGGACCACCAUUGAGAAAACAUGAGUACAUAAAUUUCUCCUAGGGUUACAGGUUGAAUAGAUAAAAUGAAUCGUAAUAGAGAUUGGUUGUAGUCAAAGAUUUGCUUUCGGUCUCUUAUUUAAAAGAUAACGUGAUCUGUCUCGUAUCGCCGAUUCUAGUUUCCUUCAAGGCAUACCAUGGAUGGAGCACGUCCAAGACCGUUGGCCUGAAGUUCUGGGCAGAUCUCAAUUUCUUGCUUCUGGUAUGCUGUUUUGUACCACUCAGCUGUGCGGCGGAUGCCUUCUUCAAACGAAAUUGUGGACUUGUAUCCUAGGUAUUCGURUGCUUUUGCCACGUCGGCGCAAGUAUAUGGGACAUCACCAGGUUGAUCUGGAAGGACCUURAUAAUUGCUUUUUUCCCAACGUACUUCUGGACCAAGUCGAUAAACUCUUUGAGCGAUGUUCCUUCGCCCUUUCCAAGGUUGAACACUUCAUACUUGUGACGACGAUCAAUUGCGCGAAUAACGCCGUCGACAAUGUCGGAAAUGUAGGUGUAAUCACGACUAGAGGAACCGUCUCCAAAUUGCUGCAUUUCUACUCCCCGACUCACACGAUCAAUGAACUUGAACGGAGCCAUGUCUGGGCGUCCUCUCGGUCCAUAAACUGUGAAAAAACGAAGUCCCGAAAUGUUGAGUUUGUAUAGGUGGUGGUACGUGUAGGCAAGAAGCUCGCAAGCCUUUUUGGAUGCGGCAUAUGGACUGACAGGAUUAUCCACGUUUUCUUCUUCGGAAAAGAAAGUCGAUUUCGAUCCACCGUACACGGAGGAGGACGACGCGAAGACAAAGUUUUCGACGCSAUGCUUGUGCGACAAUUCCAUAAGCUGUGUGGUACCCUUGAUAUUAGAAUGAAUGUAAACGAAGGGGUCUUGAAUCGAAGGACGGACACCAGCACGAGCUGCCAUGUGACAUACCCAUUUUGGCUUCUCCGUUUCGAAUAUUCGCUCCAUCAAAUCUUGAUCGCAGAUAUCACCACAAUAGAAUUUAACUCGUCCCUCCUCCGGAUAGGACUCUUCCAGAAGUCUGAGAUUUGCCUUCUUAAUAUUGACAUCAUAGUAAUCGUUCAGCUCGUCCACAAUGACAACAUCAUCCCCUCGGGCAAGAAGUGAUUCAGCCACAUUGCUUCCAAUGAAUCCCGCACCACCGGUCACGAGAACUUUUUUGUAGCCAAUGUGGGGCAUCACUGGUGUGUGGGUCGAUACCGGCAGAUCCGAAGAAUUUUCAAUUUCGGAAAAAGUCACAGAGCUCCCAGACCUAUGCAUCGUCUUA